ACGAUGCCUCCUGCGCUCUCUCUAUAUAUAGACCCACUUCUCAAUUCAUUCUCCGUAUCCUCAUACAUCCUUAGAGUUCAAGAUAUAAAAAAAAACAACUAGAGCUAGAUUUCUAAGAUUUCCUAAGCCCCCAAGAUGACUAUCACAGAGAUGCGAGUGCAUAUGGAUUGUGCUGGCUGCGAGACCAAGAUAAGGAAGGCUAUUCGAAAGCUAGAUGGAGUGGAUGAUAUCGAUAUAGACAUGGCUAUGCAGAAAGUAACAGUGAUGGGAUGGGCAGACCAGAGAAAGGUUCUUAAAGCAGUGAGGAAGACAGGAAGAAGAGCCGAGCUAUGGCCAUACCCUUACAAUCCAGAAUCCUACAACUUCAACCAGCAAUACUAUUAUCAGAAGCAACAUCAUGAAACAAAAGUAGUUAAUCACUAUACAAAAAUGCCUACCUCUUCGUACAACUACCAUAAGCAUGGCUACAAUGACGAGGAGUUUGGUCGCUAUCAAAAGCCACCUUAUGCCACCAUUUUUGAUGAAGAGGCUAGUGCCAUGUUCAGUGAUGAAAAUCCCCAUGCUUGCUCCAUCAUGUAAUGGCAUGACUUGAACAAUAUCUUUGAAUUUUCUUAUCAUUUCUGUAUAAAAGAUGUAUUUUAGCUGAUUGAAUGAAAUUUUAUGAUACAAUAAAGUUAA